AUGAGCAACUCUGUAGUAAACCGUAUUUUCUCCGGAAAGCAAGAGCGGAUCGAAAACCAAGUUGCGGACUUUUUGCGUAAGCCAGGAGCUCUAAAAGAUGCCGAAGCGUACCUAAAUCAAACCAAAGACCACAAGUAUGGUAAUCACGAGAAAUGGAUAAAGGAGAAGACAGUUUUUACUGAAUACGCCGGGGGCCCUGCUCUCCUUGCCGAAGGUGAAAAUGUACUUAUAAUAGGGAACCACAACUCCUUUGACGUUACGCAGUAUAAAGAAGACCCGGCAAAAGCAGGCAUGUCGAUGAUUCAUAUCCUGGGGAUCCCCAAAAAGGGUAUUUUCAAUGGUGUAUCGCUAAACCAUGAUACUGUAUCCGUCAUUGACGAGACAAUAGACCUAUUUAAGGACAAGUGGGAAACUCCCGACUUUCGCCAGAAGGUCUUAGACUACCAGAAGUUAGCUAUAAAAAACCGGACUUCCACGGAAUCGUUUGCAAGACGGAAUGAUGGGCUUGACCCGAACCCGGUCCUAGAAGCAGGAGAUGAAGCUAUUAGUCACUGGAAGGAACUCAAGACUGGGAUCCACACCCUGACGUUUGACGACUUUACCUUUGGUCUCCAUCUAUGGCCCGACCAUAGCGUAGGUCAUCUUCACCUACAUAUUAUCGCUACGCCGGAUUGGUGCCGCCAGUAUAGCACUUUAAAGCACGACGAGAAGACCAAGGACGCACUUGAAGUUCGAGAUUUCAUCCGAGGUCUUGCUCCAGUAUAA